GACAUGAACUCUAUUAGAAAAAUUCCCCAUACCAAUACGGUAAGAUCUUAAUCAUCAGAUCAUAAACACUUUUGAUUAGGUGUGUAUUGAUUGGACGUUAAAAAACAAGAACGAUUUAAUAUUUGUUAAGAACCUAAAAAGUCAAUUAUCUAUGUCUCAUUGUAAAAUAAAUUGGAUAAACAUCUAAAAACAAGGGUGGAUAAAAUUCCCUAAUCUUGUUAAUCUGAACAAAUCAUGAAAAGUGUAAACACGUGUUCUCAGCUUUUCGUCCAAGAAAAGAAAAUGAAAAAGGAAAUUAUAAAAACGAAAAACACAAACACACACAGUAACACACAGAGCACAAUGAUGGCCGUCACUAUUCAGACGACACGUUUUACUUACUGCCCACCAUUGUAGCGCACGAAAUUAAGCUCUCCUCUCCUCAUAAAUCUCUCGAGCUCAGAAAAUUGACGUUCAUUUAUUCUUAUUUUUUUUUCGAAUUAAUCCAGAAUUAUAAUUUCUGGGGUUUGAUAUACCUUUUAUUUUAUAUAUAUAAUUUAUCGAAUAAUGGAGGCUGAUGGAGGAAAAUCUAUGGCGAAAGAAAGUGAAGAAGAUUUGUCCGAAAACGAAGGCUUUGUUAAUUUGUCGCCUCAUAUGGAGCCAAAGGCCCGAGAAUCAAGCGAAAUAAUAGCCGAAGGGCCAUCAAUCAACCAGCAAAUUCGAAAUCAAGAUGUGAUUUUGAAUAUAACACACAUCGGUCCAAUAAUCGAGGGACCCACGGAUGAUAAUGUUAUUACAAUAAAUACCCCAAAGAGAGUAAAUUUUUCUCCACUGCCCAGCCCAAACCGGAUAAGAAUCAGCGAUUCUCCAGGCCAUUCCACCUCCCGAGGAAUAUCAGCCGUGAAGUAUUUUAUUCCUAAACUGAGUUUCAAAUUUCGGAACACGAAUGCCGAGAUUGAGAAGGCUGCCAUGCUGGCACUUGGGGUUUCUCCCGAAGCACAAGGGAAGAGUUCAGUUGUUAGGACAUUCUCACUCACAAAGAUUUUCGCGCCGAAAAUGAAAAGGACGUCUUCUUUGCCUGCUACGCCGAUUUUGCACUCGAAUCCAGAGUCGGCUCAUGGAGGGAUUAUUUCGAGCACUUCAUCUAAAAGUGGGCCAAAGCUAUCCAUACACCGUUCGCAUUCAGUACCCGAGUUGAAUAAAGAUGAAAGUGUGAAACAAAUCGACUAUUUAGGCAGUGUAUACCGCGUAAUUCCUUCUACUCCCAAAUCAACCGACCAAAAUAUGGCCACAUCAAUCCCCAAUGCAAUAACCGACACAGAUGAGAACAAUAAUUUUUCGGAAGAUAUACCUCAAGAGGAAGCUGUUUGUAGAAUCUGUUUGGUCGAGCUGAGUGAAAGCUCGGAUACACUAAAAAUGGAAUGCAGCUGUAAAGGGGAACUUGCACUGGCCCACCAAGAAUGUGCCAUUAAAUGGUUCAGCAUAAAAGGCAACAAAACUUGCGAUGUAUGCAAGCAAGAGGUUAAGAAUUUGUCGGUCACGCUUUUACGGGUAGUCCAAAAUGGCGAAACUCGAGGAAAUGUCAGUAAACUCGGAUCAAGUGCAAUCGCAAUAUCUUUGCCCUUUUCAUGUAUUUUAGGUCUCCUUGCGUCUAUGACGUCUACUACUAUGGUAAGGAAGAGAUUUGCUUGGGUAUAUGCAACUAUUCAGUUCGUGCUGGUGGUUGUUUUUGCCCAUAUUUUUUACUCGCUGAUUCAUGUGCAAGCAGUUCUAUCAGUUCUGCUGGCUACUUUUGCUGGUUUUGGGGGUGCUAUGUGUGGAAUUUCAAUGAUUUUCGAGAUACUCAAGUGGGUGAGAACACGGAACCUUCCGCCACCUUCCGGAAACAAUUCUUCUCAGCCAAACCAAGAUUUAGAGGCCGGCAAUGUGGGCCCAAUUGAUACACAGCCCAAUGAAAGCGAAGCACGGACCCAAGGUAGUAGCAAUGGCAGCUGAUAGUGGGCCGGGCUUCAAAUGGGAAACAUAUUUUACAGUUGUACGAAAUUGUGUGCUUACAAAAAAUAAAAAUAAAACUAUAUAUUUCGGUUCGUGCGGCCAUCUUUGGUAUAUAUUUCGUGUUGGUUUGUGAACAAGCCUCCGAAUUUGUGAUUCAGCGUGCUAUAAGCCGAGUUGCAUAGUGUACAAAUGCCCUUCGAAAGUUUUUCGGUCUCAACAGGUUUCAUUUUUUGCUUGGUCAUUUUUACUUGAGAAAAGAUUGUGAAGGGUGAAGUUUGUAUUUGAAUCAUUUUAGUAGUUUUGCAGAGGACGUGAGAUUUGGGUAUAAAAAAACCAUGUUCAAUUAUGAGUCACUUGAGAGACAAUAUCAGGAAGAAUUAUGAUUGCUACCAAGCUUUUUAACUUGGAGAUUUCAGC